GCAUUAAGUGACCAAUUUUCAGAAUUUGAGCAUGAAAUCAUUGCUCUUAAUGCACGGAUAUCAAGGUUACAGGAGGAACGCUUGUCUCUUGUUCUAUCCAGAGAUCAGCUUGCUGAUAAUUAUUCUCGCCUGGCCCUUACCUCUGUCAGAGAAAUUGAUAAGCUGAAGUAUUCCUUGCGAAAUUUGAAUAGUUCAACUCAGAACGUGCCGCAUUUUUCCUAUAGCAAUUCAAAUCUUCCACCUGAUCCGUCUAAGCCUAUUUCCUAUCAGGAAAUCCUGUCUUUUCUUCAUUCCGGCGAUUUACCUACUCCAAAUGGCUUACUACCUUCAUCACAAUUAACCCACUCGCAGCCCUCUGACUACGUACCUACCGCCAAUGUCUCUCCUAUUUGUUCCACUGCCACACCUAAUCUUUCUCUCUUCAAUCUCGGACGCUCAGCCGAUUCUCCUCCGGAUUCUAUUGUUGGUUCAGUCUCAGCAACCAUUCUUUCUUCUGUCCCUCCAAUCACUCUUCUUUCUUCAGCAUCCCCACUUCCUCCAUCGCCUGCUCUGUCAAAGAAAAUUAGUUUACUUAGGUCAUCUGCUAAAACAGACUUAGUUUCAAUGCGUUCCAGGUCCCUUUCACCACCAAAGACUAAUAUUCGAUCCCUUUAUUCAUCGCCAUCCUCAAGAAUUCACUCAUCUGAAUCUUCGAGUCGUCAUUCUUCUAGCGAUUCAUCCUCAUGCUCAUCUUCUUCAUCUGGAACUUCUUCAUCUACCACUUUCUCUUCUACGUCUCCACCCUUAAGCUCCUCACGUAAUCAUCAGCCGUUAGAGAAAUCAAGACAUAGUUUGUCUCCUCUCAAUAAAUCGGUAUUUGGUAACAGCUUAACUGAAUCAGAGUCCAAUCCUAAUUCUUCAUCGAUUGAUUAG